CGUCGCGGCUGAGUUGUGUUAUCAAAUAGUUUUGAAGUGCUUUCAGUUUCUUCAACUUUUAUUGUGAUGUGGAAAACGUGAUUUUGCUUACAAUUUGGUAAGGAUGGGCGAUAUAAGGGCCGGCCUCGAGGAAUUAAAACUCGAUGGUGCCCUGUUCGCCGACGUUAAAUACUACGUCAGCGGCGAAGGUGAUCCCAAGAUUUUAAAUUUACUACAAGAAGGUGGUGCAGAAAGAUCAAAUUAUUUUAGUGAUUUUGUUACACAUUUAAUAGCAGGAUAUGAUGCAUUGGAGAAUGAUAUAUCUGCUGCAAAGGAUAUUUAUGAAAUACCAGCAGUUACACAGAAUUGGAUUUUAUAUUCUGUUAAAUGUAACAAACUUCUACCGCCACAUUACUUUUUACCUGAAGAUACACAAUUAUUUUCAAAUAUACGAGCAUGCGUGUCUCAGGUAAGCCGUGCAGAUAGCAAAAGUCUAUGGGCGAUGAUCGCAUUACAAGGUGGUACAUGUCAAUUACGUUUAGACCAGUAUUGUACUCACUUAAUUACUGGAAAGGCUGUUGGUCUCAAAUAUGAAACAGCUACAAGACAUCCUAUUCAAAUUGUAACGCCAGAUUGGGUGACAGAAUGUUGUAGAAAAGGAACUAUUUUAAGUGAAGUGGAAUUUCACCCUAGACUUUUAAUAUAUCCAAAUAGUUCCACAGCUAUGAUUACUGGCUUUAUGGAUGAAGACACUGAAAAUAAUAUUACACAAGAAGAACAAGACCGAACUAAAGUGAUGCUGGAGCAACUUAAACAACGUAUGCCUUGGAAUCAACCAAGUCCACCUGUACCCUCUAAUACAUUGCAUAGUAUCAAUACUGCAAAUGUAACUGCAACAACAAUUCCUUAUGCAACAAAUGGACAAAAUACUGUUAAUGCGCAACAGCCACAUCUUCCACGUCCAAUUCCUACCACAAAUUUGUCCAAUGUUUCUACAAUCAUAACUUCUGUAUCUGAUGAGAACGUUACUCAACCUGGCUGGUUACCACAAUCUUCUCAACAAAAUAAUGUUUCUCAAAUGAAAACUGUGCCACAAAUGCAACAACCAGAAGUAUCUCCACAACAACAACAACAAAUGAAUAUGCAGCAUACAAUAUUACAACAGCAACAAAUGUCGCAACUUACGCAACAUCAACAAUUGCAACAACAGACAUACACUCAGCAACAAAUUUUGAAUCCGCAACAAUCUCCACAAUUAUCAUCACAGCAACAGUUAAUAGGGGCACAACAACCAAUAUUGCCACAACAGCAACAACAAAUAAAUUCACAAUUACCACAACAUCAGUUGUCUUCUCCUCAACAGUUGCUACCACCACAACAAAAACAAUUGAAUCAACAGCAGAUUCUUUCGCAACAACAACUAAAUCAGCAACAACACAUAUCACAACAACAACAACAACAACAACAACAACAAAUCGGUACACAACAGCAGCUGGUUCAACAACAACAAGUGCAAUUAACACCACAACAGCAGCAACAGAUAGUUCUUCAACAGCAGCAGCAGCUUCCUACACAGCAACAAAUAGGAGCACAGCAUCAGUUGAAUCAGCAGCAAGUUGCACAACAGCAACUUGCUUCUGAACAGCGACAAAUUAUAUUAUUACAGCAACAACAACAGCAGCAACAAAAAAUUCAGCAAAUUUCACAGCAGUUACAACAAUCUGCCCCACAAAGUUCGCAGCAAUUCGUCAUAAGGGACGGUCAAUUACAACAACAGCCUCAAAGUCAACAGUUAAUGGGACCGAAUCAGCAAAGUUUUAUUGUACAAAGAGAUACACAAUGGCAACAACAACAGUACCACUUACAAUUACAAAGACAACAGCAGCAACAAAUUGGUCCUCAGAGACCGAGUGGACAGUGGGCUCAACAACCACCACAGCCGCCAAGACAACUUAUUCAAUUGGAUGCUCAGACGCAUCAGCAAUUACAGCAGAUGGAUCCACAACAGAGGGCCCAAUUUAUUCAAAAGAUACAAAAGCAGAAAAAUUUCAUACUGCAGAGGCAAAUGCAAAAUCGUCAAGCUCAACAAGGAGCCCAUAUCGCUGUUAUUAGGAGUCCCGGGAAACCAGUGCAACCAGGUGGCUUGCAGUGGGUUCAGCAGCCACGACCGCAAAUGAUAGGACCACAAAUAGCCCAAACACCUGGUCAAAAGCCAGUACAUCCCGGCGUUCAACCGCCAGCUUUAACGCCUAUCAAUUCUGCUAAUCAAGUGAUCGUGCAAACCGGACAAACCGUGCAGGGUCCGCAAACUGCUCAACCUGGUCAAACGUUCCAACAGGGACAGCCCCUGACACCGCAACAUAUAGCACAAUUACACAUGCAGAAGCAGCAAAUGGUGAGAUUACAGCAGUUACAACACUUGCAACAGCAGCAACAACAGCAGCAACAGCAGCAGCAACAGCAGCAGCAGCAGCAACAACAACAGCCACAGGGAACACAACAGGAUCCACCUCUUACAUCUUUAUCCAAUAACGUUCAAAUACCACCUGACCAACAAUUGGUUGUCAAUGCUAAAACAAAGACUGCUUUGGCAAACAUGCUAACGAACAGAUUGCAAGGUAGCGCAACCGAAGGUAGUGCAGCUGGUCAGCUGCGAUUAAUGACCGCCCAACACAGACCACCACCGCCACCGUCUCAAGAUCCUCAGCUUCUUGCAGCUUACCAGCGGAGGCCUGUUGGCAACAUUACGAAUGGAGCACCACCCGGGGCUCCGAUAAAGAUGCAGUACGCUCCCGCGAUGACUCAGCCAAAAGCUCAGUUCUACGGACACAAUCCAAAUCUAAAACUGCCACCGGAUCUCUUUUUACUAGGCUGUAUCUUUGUUAUCGUUGAAUACGACGUGCAACGUCCGAACGAUGUUUUGAUAUGGAAACAAGUGAUCGAAAGACACGGCGGCGAGGUCGAGCCACAGUAUUGCACCCGGGCGACCCACGUGCUCGCGAUCACGCAGAAACAUCCGACCGUGGUGCAGGCGCUACGCGAAGGAAAACGUUGUGUCAGCGCGCACUGGCUGUCCGACGUUGUCAGUAAACAGCAGGUACUGCCGCCCUGGCACGCGCUACAUUUUCCAACGCCGUUCAGCUUGACGGAGCUUCCGUGUGCAAAACAAAUUGUAUCGUUGUCUGGAUUCGAGGGGGAGGAACGGGCGAAAGUGAAGUAUAUGCUGGAGGCGUUGGGCUCGAAGGUUACCAAUUACUUCACCAGGCAUAACACUCUUCUUGUUUGCAGAAGACCCGACGGUCAAAAAUACAAAAAGGCGCGGGAAUGGCAGACUGGAGUAGUGAAUGCUCAGUGGUUGACGGAUCUACUGUGUGGGCAAAUGAAUGCUAUGCAUCAAAUCGAAAAUCCGAAAUAUCAACAAUACAGUUUCAGCAAUCCGUUUAGAUUGGAUUAUUCGCUAGUGCCUCAUUUAAUGGCUGCAUGGAAGUUGCCCAUAAAUAUCACUCAAGAGUCUUAUGAUAAAGUAAAGCAGGUUGGUCAGGGUCCAAAUUCCGUAAGGAAAUACAAAAAGCCGCGAUUGGACGUCCCGUUAUUAAACAAAGAUCCACACUUGUUGGGCUUGGACGAGCCAAUCGUAGUCAGUAAUCCCGAUCCUCCACCGCCAGAUAAGCAACCGAGAAUAUUAUUUUCUGGUAUUAAUCCUAGGAAGCAUGCAAAGAGAAUUCGGGAGUUAGGUGGUGCGAUGGCUGCCAGUUGGCGGGACGCUACACACCUCGUGAUGUCAGCACCAAUAAGAACUGUAAAAUUGUUGUGUUGUAUGUCACGUUGUAAAUAUAUUGUCACGUUACAGUGGUUACUCGAUUGUUCUGCAAGGAACACAUUCUUAGAUGAAAGUGGAUACAUGCUCGGCGAUCCGGAGUUCGAGAAGAAUUUUAAUUGUAAUAUUGAAAAGGCUUUGGUCAGCCCUAAUCGAGGAACAGUACUUAAGGGGAAAAUUUUUUAUGUGACACCCAGUGUUGUACCAUCGCCCACUGCGAUCGCAGAAAUUAUCGAGAGCGCGGGUGGAACAAUGGAAAAAACGCGGAGAUCCCUCGCGCAGAUCCAAGAAAUGAAUAGUAAUAAAUUAACUUAUAUUAUUGUGACUCAUAAAAACGAUCUUCAUCUUCUUUCUGACAUUUUACGUGCAAAUAUCAGUGUGUUCAGUGCAGAAAUCGUGUUAGGGGCAGUCGCUCGACAAUACUUUGACCCUGAUCAAGUAUGAAUACAGAGGAGUUCACGAUACACUGCAUUUUAACCAUGGAUCUAGGCUCACCGAGUUCUUCGGUGGGUCGUUUUAGAGAUGAAAAAUUUUUGCUUACCUUCUUCAAUGGGACAAUAAAGAACAUAAUUUUAUGAUAUAGGAGGAACUGCUUUCACUGAUACAUUCCAAAACCUCUCCUUCUUACGUUUCUUCUUUUGGA